AUGUCUCCUAUCUUCGCCAAAGACCAAGCAACCGGAUUCUCUAAUCGCAUUGAGAAAGUCGCCAUCGUUGGUGCUGGCGGCACCAUCGGGUCAUACUUCACAAAAUACCUCCUCGCCACUGGUAAACACCAAAUCACGGCCCUAGCCCGGGAGAAUAGCAAAGCCCACAUCCCCGAUGUUGUUCAUCGUAUCAUCAUCGAUUAUGACGACGAAUAUUCACUUGUUGAAGCCCUGAAAGGUCAAGAUUUGCUUGUGAUUACUCUGGGCGUCAGUGCCAGAGAAGAAGGUGGUGCCGUCGACACCAAGCUUAUCAACGCAGCUGCGAAGGCUGGUGUGCCCUACAUUAUGCCUAAUGCAUAUGGCCCAGAUCCCCUCAACGAAGGUUUCGUUCGCACUGCUCUUACCGCUCCUGCUGCCCUCAUCGAGAAACUCGGCGUGAGCAAGUGGAUCGCCUUGUCAACGGGGUUCUGGUACGAGCUGUCGCUUGCGAGUGGGAGUUUUGGAAUUGAUGUCGAGGAACAUACCGCAAAAAUUCUCGACGAUGGCAAUACGAAAAUCACUGUCUCGACUUGGGACCAAUGCGGCCGUGCCUUCGCCGCCUUGCUCAGUCUCCAGAGGCUACGAGAAGACGAGAACGACAAAGCUCCGGUCCUGGAAGACUGGGCGAACAAAGUCGUCUACUUCUCCAGCUUCCGCGUCAGCCAGAAUGAUAUCUUCGAGAGCGCCAAACGUGUCACAGGCACAUCCGAAUCGGACUGGAGGAUUGAGUCUAUCCCAUCCGCGGUGCAGUACAAUGAUGCUUUGGAGGCCGUAAAGAAGGGCGACAGGUCGGCGUUCACUCGUCUACUCUAUGCGAGAGUCUUGUUCCCGACAGGCGAGGGUGAUCACACUCGCCAUGGUUUGGCGAAUGAGGCGUUGGGACUGACGGAGGAGGACUUGGACGAGGCAACUAAGGCUGCUUUGCGGUAUGGCAAGGCAGCGGCUCAGAGCUAUGGCCGUUGA